AGCACGUGACUUUCUGACGUCAGCAGUGUGGUUGGACCCCACCGCUGCCUCGCCAGUGGACGUGACCGGGAACUGCUAAUCAUAUUAGAGCGGGGUGCGGCAGAUAACUAAGAUGUCUUCAGAUGACCCACUUAUUGGAGGAGGUUCUGAAGCUGGAGGAUCUUGGCCAUCGUCCAGCGGCCCCUCCACUAAGUUUGAGCUGGAAAAGGAGACCGAGCUGCGACUAGAAGUAGAAGGUUCGGCUCCUGUGCAUGUGGAGCUGAUCUCUGGUCUUGCUGAGGUGUUUGGAACAGAGCUGACAAAGAACAAGAAAUACACAUUCCCACCGGGGAGCAGAGGGGCUGUCUUUACAUGGCAUGGGUGCACUGUCCAAUUGUGGGGGAGCCCUGAUGUGGCUUAUGUGUCCAAAGAUACCCCCAUGUUGCUCUAUCUCAACACCCAUGUGGGCCUUGAGCAGAUGAGGACUCAAGCAGAACGUGAAGGAGAGCGAGGACCCCGGGUUUUAGUGGCUGGCCCUUCGGAUGUGGGAAAAUCCACGCUUUGCCGUCUCCUGUUGAACUAUGCUGUGCGGCGAGGUCGGAGACCAACUUUGGUGGAACUGGAUGUAGGGCAGGGCUCUGUGUCAGUGCCUGGCACAGUUGGGGCUUUGUGUGUAGAGAGACCAGCAGAUGUAGAGGAAGGGUUCUCUGCCCAGGCUCCACUUGUCUAUCACUUUGGAUCUACUACUCCAGGGACAAACAUCAAGUUGUAUAACAAGCUGACGUCCCGUCUGGCUCAUGUCUUCAACCUACGAUGUGAAGCCAAUCGUCGAGCAUCCAUCAGCGGCUGUCUUAUAAACACCUGUGGUUGGGUAAAAGGAUCUGGAUACCAGGCAUUGAUACAUGCAGCCUCUGCCUUUGAAGUGGAUGUUGUCAUAGUCCUGGACCAGGAACGUCUGUACAACGAUUUGUGCAGGGACCUUCCUCACUUUGUUCACACUCUGCUUCUUCCAAAGUCUGGUGGAGCAUCUGAGCGUUCUAAAGAGUGUCGGAGGGAAGCCAGGGAUCUGCGGGUGCGAGAGUACUUCUAUGGCCCACGUGGAUCUCUUUAUCCUCAUGCCUUUGAGGUAAAGUUCUCGGAGGUGAAAGUCUAUAAAGUUGGGGCGCCAUCUAUUCCUGACUCUUGUCUUCCAUUGGGAAUGUCACAAGAGGACAACCAACUGAAACUGGUCCCUGUUACACCAGGCAGGGAUAUGGCACAUCAUCUCUUGAGUGUUGUGCCAAUAGAUGGUGGCACAGCAGAUGAGGGUUUGGAGGAGAAAAAUGUUGCUGGCUUCAUUGUUAUCACAGGGGUGGACACUGAAAGACAGACAUUGACUGUGCUCUCCCCAGCACCUAGGCCAUUGCCUAAAUGUGUCCUACAUAUUAUGGACAUAAGAUUUAUGGAUAUGAAAUGAUCUACAAAAACGGUUUGCAAUAUUUUGAAAGGUCUUCUGUUCUGUGGUAGGAGAAUAGAAUUGUUUGAAAUUUUAAUAAAGGUGGUAA